AUGCAUCUUGUCCCGGUAUCUUUGUUUGCGACGUUGGCAGCGCUUCAUGUUGCGUUUGCGAUGCCCUAUUGUGGCCUCGUCCCUCCCCAGCCACAACCUCGUUCCGUUGCGCAAUCCACUGGAGGCAACACUACGAAUGGUGGUAAUUCAUCAUCUCCUGAUCAGGUUCUUGCAACUGGGUGGUACCCUGGUUGGUUAGGUGCUACCUAUGCGCCAAGCAAUAUUUCAUGGUCCAAGUACAACGCCUUGACUUUCGCAUUUGCCGUGACCACAAAUGACCCAUCAGUUAUCUCUUUGGAUGCACAGAGCGUGACUCUGUUGCCGGAGUUCGUGACUGAGGCUGGCAACAACGGAGUCAGCGCCCUUCUCUCGAUCGGUGGUUGGACUGGUUCGCUGUAUUUUUCGACUGCAGUAGGCAACGCAGCCAACCGUUCUGCUUUCGUGAAGGCCGUAACAGGUCUUGCUACGAAGUACAACCUUGAUGGGAUUGAUUUCGAUUGGGAAUAUCCUAAUCGGCAAGGUCUUGGCUGUAACGCUAUCUCGCCUUCCGAUUCAGCCAACUUCCUCGCCUUUCUCCAACAGCUCAAACAGGACCCUGUUGGUUCCAAAUUGAUACUAUCAGCUGCGGUUGGCGAAACGCCUUUCAUGGGGGCGAAUGGGACACCUAUGACUGAUGUAUCGGCCUUUGCUGAUGUUCUCGAUCAUAUUGCGAUUAUGAAUUAUGAUGUCUGGGGAUCGUUCUCUCCAACUGUCGGCCCCAACUCUCCUUUGGAUGAUUCCUGCGCGCCGACCAAGGCUGGGUCUGCUGUCGCUGCAGUCAAGGCUUGGACUGGUGCAAAAUUCCCUGCUAAUCAGGUAAAAGAGAGGUGCAUUUCUCUAGAACCUGCUUACCAAACUUUCCUUUUCUUUUUCUGCAAGAUCGCACUUGGUGUUGCCGCUUAUGGACACAGCUUUCAUGUGACGACCAGCGCGGCUUUGGGAAGCUCGGGAAAUGUUAACUUGUACCCUUCGUUUGAUAAGUCUCAGCAACCGUUGGGGGAUAGCGACACCUCAACUUCGGCUUCUGUCCUCGAUCCAUGUGGACAGCCUGAAGGUAUUUCGGGUGUUUUCAACUUCAAUGGAAUGAUUGCACACGGAUUCCUCAACUCUAACGGAACGGCUGCGAACGGCAUCGAUUACGCAUUCGAUAAUUGCAGCCAGACGCCUUUUGUAUAUAACCCAACUGCUCAGACAAUGUUAUCUUACGACGAUGCUCGAAGUUUUGCGGCUAAAGGCAAUUACAUCUCUUCAAAUGGCCUGUUAGGUUUCGCUGUGUGGCCUGUCACAGGCGACUAUAAUGAUAUCCUUCUCGGCGCAAUCAGCGACGCUAUGGGCAUUGUUCAGAUAUGCUCUUAA